UAGCGCGCGUCCAUGCCGUGUCGGCGGCAUAGACGCACAUUAUCUCUCCGGUGAAUGAUGACAAAAGCACAGAUGCAGAGGAUGCGAUGCUGAUGCUGAUGAGGGGGAAGUAAUGGACACGCUCGGGCUGAUCAAGUGAAUGUCAGGGACGGGAUGCGAGGGGACAUCGAACCCUCUGACCUGUCCCCCCAGAGGGAGAGAGACUCCGAAAUCACAAACAGUUGACGCCGGUUGUCAUGGAGAUGGCAGCAGCUCUCCACGGGCAAGUCCACAUGCUGAUGCUGUGUGUAUGCGGGACCGUGAUCAUGCUUGCCGCACAUACCACACAAGGCAUUUCUGUCCUCAAAAGAAGCGCCCAAACCCCUCCAUGGGCCAUCAAGCCUGCUCUUUAUACUUACAUACCAAAAAGGUUCCUCCGAAUAUGGGCAGAGAAACAGGAUGAGUUGAUGAUGGAAGGUCCAUCAGGAGAUGGUCCACUAGACGCUUGGGACAGUCCUUUAUUACAAGCGGAGACAUCAAAGACUUCCGAUGAUUAUGCGACUCGAUCACCACUGCCGGAAGAUAUACUUUCCAGCCAAUCAGAGCCCUUUCCCUCCAUUAUAGAUACAGAAAUAGAAUCUUCAGAGACAUUCAUAGAAGAAUUUAUUAGAAGAAGCUCUGUUCUCUUUCAUGGGCCUUCCUCUUUGCUCAACACUCUCGUUUUCAGACCCAGCAUACCAAAAGAACCCCUGCCAUCUAUCAUUCCGACACCAACAAUGAGUUCUUCAAACUUUGCUCAAACAUCACUUUAUGAUCUCCGCGCAUCUUGGACAGAGAUAGAGGAGGUGGCUUCAUUUUUCAAAAUUAGCAGCAGACGUGCGCUGUCGUAUUCCCCCAGUGAGAUGUUUGGUAUCAUCACUGCCAUUUCAGCCACUUAUAUUUAUCAGGAAGAUUCAAAUGCGCUGACCAUCAGUCCAUCAAUUGUUGUAUCAGGAUAUCCUUUCAAUUCAUUGCCUUCCAACGAAGCAAGUCGUUUAUCUGAAAGCAAGUUUAAUCAACGAAAUGUUACAUAUCAUUUCAAUACAUCCGUCCAUUUACAAAACUCUGAAGCAUCAUAUUUUAAUAUCUCAUUUAAAACUCCCAAUUCAACUGAAAGUUACCAUUCUGUAUCUAAAAUAAAUCCCUCAUUUUCAACUGAUUUAUUUUCGCUCGGAGUUUCUGAAGCUUUUACUGAUAGCAGAUUUAAUUUGUCUUUUUCAAAAAAGUUUAGUAUUAUUGAGCAUUCCCAAACACAAGGAACUUCUUUACUUCAUUUCACCAAUUCACUUUACCAAUUAACAGAUACCGCCUUAAUCAACCCUGCUGCUUCCACUCUGUGGAACUAUCACAGAACAUCCCUCACAGUUCACACAUCAAAACUGAGUACUGAAGCAUAUUAUUUCAGCAAUAACACUGUGGGCAGUUCUUUUAUUGAAUCUUUGCUCUUACAACAAUCCACAGGUGUGAUACCUUUAAUAACACCUCAGCGUACAUUCUUCAUGAGCAAUGUAGAAACUACGGUGACAAUUAUAGACAACAAAGAUGCGCCUUUUACGUAUUUGCUGCCCACUCUGACUGUCACAGGCACGACUUUUAGUGGGACUUACGAAAUACUCACCAGUUUUCUAGAAGAUUUUAGCUUUAUUCAUUCACUAGAAAGUGAUAUGGAAGGGGCAAUUUUUAAUGACUUUUCUACUUUUAAGCAUGUAUCUUUAAAUUUUGAUACCUUUUCUACCACAGAAUCUAUUCAAGGAUUGAAAUCACCAUUUUCUCACAUAUCAAUAGGAAACAUAAUUUCUGUCAGUUCUUCUGUAUUGGAAAAUCAGAUGGAUGUUUUGCAAUCGAAAUCAGUAAAUCAGUUUCCAUUCUCUCCUACCUUUAUAUAUCCAUACUUUUCCAUGACUGAUCUCGUUUCAGAUGGAAUGAAAGAAGCGGGGAUCACUUCAGAAAUGCCAUUUAAAAGUUACUCGGUCUCCGAAAUGACAUCCUUGUCUCCACUUUCAGUUUUCAGUGAAAUUGUUUUUAAUAAGACAGAGUACUUCAAUGAGCCGUCAAAAACUUUGAUAAAUGUGGCAAAAUCUGAUAUGAAAAACGCUGAUAUUUCUUCAGUUGAUGAAACGGAAUCUUAUCCGAUAGUCACGCUGAAUAUUUCUUUUCAGUAUUCACCAAGUCCAACAUUUUCUAACAUUCUUCUUACUUCUGUAUUCGAGCAUAAUGCAACACUCUUUCAAAUUAAUAAGCAGCCUGCUUCAUUAUCGAGCAGUUUUCAUACCGAAAAACAAAUUGACUCAACGUGGAAAUCCACCGCAGUUUUGAGAAAUGAAAUUACAGAACAAAGGGAUAGAUUUAAAAGUGAAAAAACACCUUUCGAACAUUCAAAAGAAUUGCAGCUCUUUUCUUCGACAAUUAAAGAUGAAAUCACCUCAGAUUCCGUGGAUAAUUUUUUGGAUACUUUUACUCAUCAUAUUACGGUAAGAUCUUUAAGAAAUACAUUUAGUUUUGACAUUUUAACUCGAGAUAUUUCAAUAUCAAAUGGUGCCAGAAGCGGUGACACGCAUGUAAUAGAAAGAUCUUUUAACCCCAUUUCUACAACAAGAUAUGUUUCCAAUGUGCAGAUUGCUGAAAUAGCUCCAACCUCGUCAUCAUUGUUUCUGCUGCCAAAAGAAAUCAUCGCUAGCACGCCAUUGUAUUCUAAACAUUUAUUAAACGAUGAAUCAACUACAAAAUCAAAAAUAAGUGAAAUAUAUAUUCUGGAAUCCUCAUUUAUACCUUUCAAAACAUUUUCUGAAAAUCUAUUUCAAUCUCAAUAUACAGAACAUUUCACCGAACAUUAUUUCUCUUCAAAUAGCCAUAUUACUAUUUUGCCAUAUAAUCAGUCUGGUUUUAUGGAAAUUCAUACCGUAGAGAAUUCUACUUUACCUGUUAUUUUCAAAGAAAUUAAUGCAAGCGAAACAUUUUCCGAUCCUAUGAAAAGCAUCGAAACAUCUAUAAACGUUCAUCCAUUGGACAGUUGGUUUUCAGAAGAUUUUGAAGUCAAAAAGAGCUUCAAGCCUUCGAUUUUGCCGUCUGAAUCUUCAUCGGAACCAAUGGAAAUAAUAACUUCGAUGCUUUUUACAUACAGUCAAUGGACCUCAGUGAUUCCUAUUUCAGUAUAUGAAGAAUAUUCUAUUCAGCUGGAUAAUCAUUCAUUGGAAAGUUCGAAUGAACCUUCAGAAACACUUGGUAGCACGAUAUCUUUAAUUAAUAAAGAUGAGUCCAGAGAAAUCGUCCUAAAAUCUGAAUCUGAAGAGAGCAGAAUGCUAAUGAGCUCUGAAAGGGUUUUAAAUAAAUUUGUAUCAGAAAUUCAUUUGUCACCAACUUUGCCUUUGUCAAGCAUUGGUCCUGAAACCCUCUCCUCAAACGCAGACUCCGCUUUUAACCAUGAAGAGCCUAAGCGUUCUUAUUUUGAAUUCCAUGAGAGUACUCGUAUUCUUGAAUCAGAAAUAACACUUUUAACUCCUGGAUUAUUUUAUUCUUCAGAUUAUGUCCGAAGUGCCAUUUAUGAUUCGUCUGAAGCAAGUAGUGAUAACUUCAAUGACUCAACAAAGCUAAUGUUAGAUUUUUAUCAAUCGUCGUUACAAGGCAACUUAUUCUCUUCGUUACAACCGGAAUUUUCGUUCGUUUCAUCUCCCUCUGAAAAAGCAUCUUUCGGCUCCUUCACAGUUUCAGAAUAUUCUGAAAAGAGCAAAGUAAAAGAAUCUGCUAUAGAAAUUUCAAAUGACAGACCUCUGUCCUCAAAAGUUGUUUCUUUCACUCGUAUCCAGCAAACUAAGAGUAUUCCCCAGGUGGAACAAGUCUCUUCAGCCGUCGAAAAUUCUUUUUCGGAAAUGAGUGUUUUAGAUUUGCGUGAACUUUCCUUUUUAUCUAAAGAAUCGAGUCCAUUAUGGUCACAAGAUUUACUUACAACAGUGAAGCACUCAAGGAGUAUGAGUUCACUGUUGUCCAAUCAUGUGACUGGAAGCUCUUUUUCUGCCCAUUUAACUUCAGGAGAAUUGUUAACUAACGAUUUUCAUCAAACAAAUUUAGUUCUUUCGAGCGUCAAGGAAUUAGAAAGCAUCAAAUCCGAAACUUCUCGAGAACUUUCUGGCUUAAUCUUUACCCCUUCAACAUAUGUUCCUUCCUUCUUAUCAAUGGUUCCACCUUCAUCAAUAACCAGCUAUAAACAACCCGUAAGCAUACAUUCUAAUAAUCAUGAAGUUCCGUCUCACCAUUUUCCUUCAUUUUCUUCUGCAUACAGUUACACUUUAGAGAGAAAUGCAUGGAAAUCAUUAAUUUAUGCAAGUAACAAAGAACCUUCAAUAAUGGAAUCUUAUUUUCCUCUGUCAAGAGCUAUACCCAUUUUUUCCAGCAGACUGUCAUCUACGCAAGCGGCAUCGAUAUCAGCUUCUUCAAUACAACCAACAAGUGUCGAAUCUUAUUUCCCUGAAUCAUUGCUUUCGCCAACAAUGUCCACCAUUUUGUCAUCUGAACUUUACCCUCCAGCUUCUUCAAAAACUAUCGAACUCUUAAGUAUAGGAUCUUACCAUCCAAUACCUAUGGUAUCCCCAUCAUUUUGGACUUCUUCUUUGCCUAGUUAUGUAACUCCCCUUUUAACACAAACUUUAUCAAAGACUCUCAGCUCAGCGAGGGUAAAAGAUCCCGUAAAUAAAGACUCUAAUGAAUUUGAAUUGCAUUUUCCCCUAACAUUAGUAACCCCAAUUGUAACACAUUCAGACAAUUAUGAUAUAUCUGCACUAUAUUCAAAAAAAGAACCAAAGAAUAUAGAUUCUGUGCCUCCUCAGUCUAGAAAUUUCUUUAUUAGAACAGUUUCUCGGAUUCUCAACCCUUCUGAUUUAAAGUUUCUAUCGACGCCAUCUUACAGGAAAAUUCAAUCAAUUCAAAGUACUGAAUUUCAAAGGAAUAAAAUGUCUAGCUUUUUUCGAAGUCUAUUGGUUCCACAGGCUAGUUUUUGGUCAAUGAAACCACAGUUUGAUGUAAUACCAUCUACAACUCUUCAUCGUCUACAAAGUACCAUAUCCAGAGUCAAACCGACAUCUGGGAUAGAGUUAUCUCCUGUGAUUCUUAGAACAGAAGUGAGUUCCACUUGGCUUGGAGAUUUCAGCACAGUUUCUGAUAGCAGCAAUGUCAUCUUGGUUCCAGUUCUUCCCAUCAGCUCGUUCCUCAAUGUAAACGAAACAAAAAACGAAAGUGGGACCAGCAAUAGAAGUCAUCCGAACAAAUCGCACUCAAAUGGCGAAAGUGAAGCAGUUCCCACACGAAACACUUUUCUCUUCAAAGAUAAUCACUAUUGGAUACUUACAGUUCUCGAAGCUCCGGCGAAAGGGCAGAUGCCCGAAAAUUUCAGCCAUGUCAUGGAAAAUCGGCUGGCUAACGCCUACAGUGAAGCCUUCCGCAGCUGGCUGCCAAAGAAAGAGGGUGCUAAAGAAGCAAAGGACAUAAUCGUGGUAAAAAUCCUUAGUGUGACAGACGACAUUUUGCUGAGGCAGCUGGAUAUCGUGUACGUCGUAGAAAAAGGCGGUUCCCUCGUGCCCGCCGCUGUUGCAGCCGAAUAUCUCAACUCUUUACGGUUUGAGCAGCUGAGGGAAUUUCUGGGAUAUCAUGCCAUCGAAAAGGCUAGACCCUAUCGUCCUCCUGGCAAUGACGUGAGCAGGCCCGUGGGCUCCCCGCUUCCCGUGCUAGCCAUCGUGGGUGGCGUGCUGUUGGCUCUCCUGUUCAUCUUCUGUGGCGUCUGCCUCUACUGCCGUUGCUGCAGGCCGAAACCCGCGCCCUCGACACCGGGGUCCUCCGCCAGUGGUUCGCUACAGAGGUCACUCUCUAAAUACGGGCAGCACAACAGAAAACACCUAUUUCGUGAGAUGACUCACCAAUUGACAGCUGAAAUGGCUGCUCAAAUCAAACAUGGAUCUACAGCGCCUGAUGCCUAUUUCCCAGAAAAGUCAACUCUUUCUGGCCGAAGUCUACCAGCGCUACCUCGAGAAUCCGAAGAUUCAGAAAAAAAAGCAGAUACCUCGAUGAAGAUGCUGAAAAUCUUAGAAAAUAAAGAGGCCUCCACCAGUCCCCUUCCCGGCAAACAGUUCGGAGGCCCAAACGGAGCUUUGCAAAGCAGCGACACCAGCUCCUCUGAGAAGAAGAAGCCUCCUGCCAAACCCAAGAAACGACGGAAGGUCAAAGAUUCUGGCGAUCAAGCCUCCAGAAAUGCCGUCACCGAUUCGGUGGAGCCGGCGAAGGAAUCGAAGCUGGAAUCUCCACCGCCCACUCCCCCACCUAAGAGAGACAUGUCCAUCCCCUUUGCUGAUCACUCGCCCGAUGCGGGCGCUUCCAGCAGACACCCUUCCACUCAACCGAAUUCUUCCUCGGAGAAAGAGGCCGAGAGUGAAGGUUCGCACGCCGAGCUGCUGCCGCCUAUCCAGGAUUUGAUCGAGCGAUCCAAGACGGAAAGCGAAGCGGCGGCCGCGGAGGCGCAGAUGCACCUGUCGAGGGUGAGGCAGAGGAUAUCGGAGUUGCUGGACGAUGCUUUCGCAUUGGCGGGUGGGAGAAGGCUUUAUGGAAGCUUGCGAAGCAAGAAAAUAGAACCAGCCACAGAAGUUUUGCCUAGGUUUGGAAGUUUCAGAUCACGGUCAGCAACAGGAGGAGAACUGACGACUGUCAAACGUCAAGGGAAUAUAACCGAGCAACGCCCCAUUUCGGAAGGUGGACAAAAGCUACUCGGUGUUCUGACGGACGAAGGACAGCUCAUUACUCAUCCACCUCCAAAACUGGUCUGGGAACGAGAUGAAAGAUAUUCUCUGCAAAACAUCGAAAGACCCCUAGGAAAUGAAAUGGUGGAAGCUCGGAACAGAAAUAUCAACCUUUUCCCGUUCCAGCCCCAAAGAAUUCAACAACUUCCUGCACUUCCAUCCUCAUCUUCACUACCUCUUCUGGACACACUGUUGGAGUCCGGACAGGAUGCCGCCGGGAUUACUCCGACCCGCGUUCUUCGAGAAGCCGCUUCAGAACUCUACUUGCCCUUCUCUGCCAAGAUGAAUUCAGCAACCGGUGACCAAUACGAUGAACUGGAUGUGGUCAACGCACUCAGAAACGGCGAACCGGUCGAAGCCUUGAUCCAAGCCAUCAAGGAUGAACUGCAGAGAUUUGCUGGCUCAUUGCCUGGAACAGAGGACGGUGAGAGCAACGCUUAGUGAAACUUUCUUACAGUGCUGGUAGAACCGACAACUUUUGUAACCCAGUGGAUUUUGUGCUCUUGUAUGAUUUUAAAAUUGCUGUUCUUAAAUAAAAUGAGUUCUUUUUAACUUUCGAAAA